GGACCAAUAUUUUGAAAACAUCGAUAUCAUUCCCCCUCCAACGCUCGGCUUAAACCUGUUCUUCGUGGAUUUGACGUUUAUUCUUCGUUGGUUGUCGUUUUUAUUCAAAAAAAAACGGUCGAGCUUGGCGCACGUUGCGGUUCCUCCGACUGAUCUUAAUCGUAGAGCAGCACUCACACUCGCACACGCCCCCGCAAAAAUAACACACACACCAACACACUGCCAGCAGAGAUCAAGAUUCCAAACAAGUGUUGUUGCCGCUGCCCAUUGCCGUUCUUGUUGUUGUUCGUCCGCUAAAAUGCUGAACGCCGCAGCGCUUUUAUUGGCGCUGCUCUGCGCCGCAAAUGCAGCCGCCGCCGACGAUUUGGCGGACAAAUUACGCGAUGACUCGGAACUCUCUCAGAGCACUGCCAAAUCCUUGAGCCGCCUUAUGCCAGUUAGGUUCUACAGCCUGCUGGAGAGCAAUGCCAUUGCCAACUCGACGCUUUCGCUGCGCAGCUGCACGAUCUUUGUGCCCACCAAUGAAGCCUUCCAGCGCUACAAGAGCAAAACCGCCCAUGUGCUCUAUCACAUUAGCACUGAGGCGUUCACCCAGAAACAACUGCCCAAUACCGUGUCAUCGGACAUGGCCGGCAAUCCGCCGCUGUACAUCACAAAGAACUCGAAUGGCGACAUCUUUGUGAACAAUGCUCGGAUCAUACCCUCGCUCAGUGUGGAGACGAACAGCAAUGGCAAGCGACAGAUCAUGCACAUCAUCGACGAGGUGCUGGAGCCGCUCACCGUGAAGGCUGGCCAUUCGGAGACCCCCAACAAUCCGAAUGCUUUCAAGUUCCUGUCGAAUGCCGAGGAGUACAACGUGGACAAAAUUGGGGUGCGCACGUACCGCAACCAGGUGUCAUUGGCCAAGAAGGAGUCGAUCUUCAAUGCCGCCGGGCAGCACACCUUCUUGGUACCCGUUGAUGAGGGCUUUAAGCUUGCGGCUCGUAGCAGCCUAGUGGACGCCAAGGUCAUCGAUGGCCAUGUGAUACCCAACACUGUCAUCUUCACUGCCGCUGCCCAGCACGACGAUCCCAAAACUUCCGCUGCCUUUGAGGAUUUGCUGAAGGUCACCGUCAGUUUCUUCAAACAGAAGAACGGCAAAAUGUACGUGAAAUCCAACACUAUUGCGGGCGAUGCUAAGCACCGCGAAGGAGUUGUUCUCGCCGAAAUCGUAAAGGCCAAUAUCCCAGUGAGCAACGGAGUCGUCCAUUUGAUCCACCGACCGCUGAUGAUCAUCGAUACGACGGUGACCCAAUUCCUGCAGGUAUGUGGGGAGAAUGCUGAGAACGGAGCCCUGCGAAAGUUCUACGAAGUUAUCAUGGACAACGGAGGAGCAGUUUUGGACGAUAUUAACAAUCUGUCGGAAGUGACCAUUUUGGCACCCAGCAAUGAGGCUUGGAACUCCUCCAAUAUCAACAAUGUUCUGCGAGAUCGCAACAAGAUGAGGCAGAUCUUGAACAUGCACAUCAUCAAGGACCGCUUGAAUGUGGAUAAGAUCAGACAGAAAAAUGCCAACUUGGUAAGGAUCUACUUCAGCUAUUUUUUCAGUUGUUCCUUUUCUAAACAAUACUUUUUCACACAGAUUGCUCAAGUGCCCACUGUCAACAACAACACCUUCCUCUACUUCAAUGUCCGUGGUGAGGGAUCGGAAACCGUGAUCACAGUUGAGGGCGGCGGCGUUAAUGCCACCGUCAUCCAGGCUGACGUAGCCCAAACUAAUGGCUUCGUGCACAUUAUCGACCAUGUCCUGGGCGUGCCUUACACAACAGUUCUUGGCAAAUUGGAGUCCGAUCCCAUGAUGAGUGACACGUACAAGAUGGGCAAGUUCUCGCACUUUAACGACCAGCUAAACAACACUCAACGCCGAUUCACCUACUUUGUGCCCAGGGACAAGGGCUGGCAGAAGACCGAGCUGGAUUACCCGUCGGCUCACAAGAAGCUGUUCAUGGUAGACUUCGCCUAUCAUUCCAAGUCCAUUCUGGAGCGCCAUUUGGCCAUUUCGGAUAAGGAGUACACCAUGAAGGAUCUGGUCAAGCUCUCGCACGAAUCGGGCAGCGUUGUUUUACCCACAUUCCGCGAUUCCCUGAGUAUCCGUGUGGAGGAGGAGGCUGGACAUCUCCAUGAUGAGUAUGCUAGUCACGAAUGGACUGGCUACGUGAUCAUCUGGAACUACAAGAAGAUCAACGUGUACCGGCCCGAUGUGGAGUGCACCAACGGAAUCAUCCACGUCAUCGACUAUCCGCUCUUGGAGGAGAAGGACGUGGUCGUGGCCGGAGGUAGCUAUUUGCCAGAAUCAAGCAUUUGCAUCAUCUUGGCCAACCUCAUAAUGAUAACAGUAGCAAAGUUCUUGAACUAAACGCAUCCGAUAUGUAAAAACCAAUCCAAAGCAAAUGCAAAUGCAAAUCAAACACUACAACAACAGUCGCCUACAGAACAAGAAACAACAACACUCAGUAUCAGUAUCAGACUAAUGUGACAUCCACCAUGGAUGUAAAUAAUCAGAACUAGUUUGUUGAUACCGAUCGAAAACCAUAAGCAACCAAAACUGUAUCUGUAAUAUAUGCGUCACAAGGAACGAUCAUCAUUCCAACAUGCCACGCCCAUGCCACCCACAUACACACAGCCCCACACAGAAAGACACGCAUGCAGAAAACUGCCUGCUGAAUUUGCUUUAGCAUCGACAGCUUCCUCCAAAAAAUCUGACAAGAAAGAUUAGGAUGACGAUGAAGCCCUUACUUUUAAGUAUUAAACUCGAUUCCCCUUCAACGGCCUUAUGUAUUAUAUGAAAUAUGAAACUCUCUGUAAAACAUUUUAAUUUUAUGUUCGACCUAUACUGGUAGCUUACGUUCAUCAGCUCGCUAAGUUUUAAGUUUAGACCCACGUCGAUAUGUCUGCCCACGCAUUGACAUUGGUAUCGUACCAUGGAACAUCCGAUUGUGUUUAUGAUUUUAAGUGUACAUUUUUUUGUGAAUUGCUUGUUUUAGUUAAUGAUCUAAUUUAUGAUUUAUGAAAUGAGUUAUCUUAAGUAGAAUGCGAAUCUCAUUGUACAUGUCGAAGCAGAAGCAAUAAGCGCAUCACACUCUCAUACUCGAACGCCCACACAUUCCCCUAUCCAUAAAUACACACGAACAUGUAACGAAGCAAAGUCAUUGUAAGAUUUGAAAAGUGUGAAAUUUUAUAAUAAACUGAAAGUUUUCAUUUGAACUUAA